UAACGCAUCAAUUGCUUAGAGGCAACCAGUUAGUGUGAGUUGAUCGGUGGGUGGACGCACUUUUUUUCGGAAUAUAACGGUGUGUUUUUUUUAGCUUAAAACUUUUAAGACUUGGAACUAGUCUUUAGCAUCAACAAUAUGAAAUUGUUAGUUGUUACCCUAAUGGCCAGUUUGGCGCUCUGCCACUGUGCCGUCAAAGAGGAAAUCACCGCUGCUGAAUACUUGAAGAACCUUAAUGCUGAAAUUGCCAAACGUACCAACUGGAAGACUGAAGCCUCUUGGGCUUAUGGUUCGAAUAUAACCGAUGAAAAUGAACGCAUUAAGAAUGAAGUUUCCGCCGAGGUUGCCAAAUAUAUGAAGGAAGUUUCUGUUGAUAUUAAAAAGUUCAAUUGGCGCACCUACCAAUCGGAAGAUUUGAGACGUCAAUUCAAAAAAUUAUCCACUUUAGGUUAUGCUGCUCUAUCCGAGCAAGAUUAUGAUGAACUUUUGAGUACUUUGUCUGCAAUGGAAUCGAACUUCGCCAAGGUACGCGUUUGUGAUUAUAAAAACAAUACCAAGUGUGAUUUGUCUUUGGAUCCUGAAAUUGAAGAGGUUAUUGUCAAGAGCCGUGAUCCUGAGGAAUUGAAAUACUACUGGCGUGAGUUCUAUGAUAAGGCUGGUGCUCCCACGCGUAAAAAUUUCGAGAAAUACAUUGAAUUGAACACCAAGGCUGCUAAAUUGAAUGGCUACAACUCCGGUGCUGAAAUGUGGUUGUCUGCAUAUGAAGAUCCCAAUUUUGAACAACAAUUGGAAGAUAUUUUCGAAGAUAUUAAACCCUUGUAUCAUCAAGUUCAUGGUUAUGUUCGCUAUCGUUUGCGUCAAUACUAUGGUGAUGAUGUUGUUUCUGAAACUGGUCCCAUUCCCAUGCAUUUGCUGGGUAAUAUGUGGGCUCAAACAUGGGGUAAUAUUGCCGAAAUUGUUUCACCAUUCCCCGAAAAACCUUUAGUUGAUGUUAGCGAUGAAAUGGUUAAACAAGGUUAUACCCCCUUGAAAAUGUUCCAAAUGGGUGAUGAUUUCUUUACCUCCAUGGGUUUGAAGAAAUUGCCACAAACCUUCUGGGAUAAGAGUAUCUUGGAGAAACCCACCGAUGGCCGUGAUUUGGUUUGCCACGCUUCCGCUUGGGAUUUCUUUGUCACCGAUGAUGUGCGCAUUAAACAAUGUACUCGCGUUACUCAAGAUCAAUUCUUUACCGUCCACCAUGAAUUGGGUCACAUUCAAUAUUACUUGCAAUACCAACAUCAACCUUUCGUCUAUCGUACUGGUGCCAAUCCUGGUUUCCAUGAAGCUGUUGGUGAUGUUUUGUCUUUGUCUGUCUCUACACCCAAACAUUUGGAACGUGUUGGUUUGUUGAAGAACUACGUGCGUGAUGAUGAAGCUCGCAUCAAUCAAUUGUUCUUGACUGCCUUGGAUAAGAUCGCCUUCUUGCCUUUCGCCUUCACCAUGGAUAAAUAUCGUUGGGCUUUGUUCCGCGGUCAAGUUGAUAAGUCCGAAUGGAAUUGUGCCUUCUGGAAAUUGCGUGAAGAAUACUCUGGCAUUGAACCUCCAGUAGUACGUAACGAAACAGAUUUCGAUGCUCCUGCCAAAUACCACGUUUCUGCUGAUGUUGAAUAUUUGAGAUAUUUGGUCUCCUUCAUCAUUCAAUUCCAAUUCUAUAAGUCUGCUUGUAUUAAGGCCGGUCAAUAUGAUCCUACCAACCCUGAGUUGCCUUUGGAUAACUGUGAUAUCUAUGGUAGUUUGGCUGCUGGUGAAGCUAUGGAAAAAAUGUUGUCCAUGGGUGCCUCUAAACCCUGGCCCGAUGCAUUAGAAGCUUUCAAUGGUGAACGUACUAUGACUGGCAAGGCUAUUGCUGAAUAUUUCGAACCUUUGCGUGUUUGGUUGGAAGCCGAGAACAAGAAGAACAAUGUUCAUAUUGGUUGGACCAAAUCGGAUAAAUGUGUUUCAGCAUAAUUUCCUUAUUUAUUUAAACAUCUCUCUAAAGUAUUUAGAUAUCUUAUUAAAGUUGUUAAGAAAGCAGUAUUAAAA